CAUCCAUUCUGCACCGUGGAGGAGAGCCAUAAACAUAAGUCAGCACCAUGUCCAGACGCAGUGUUCGCCUCACCAGGGAUUCCAGCAUAGUUGAACCAUCAGUCAGAGAACCACUAAAGAAAAGAAAGCCAGAGAACUCUAAUAAGAAGCUGCAACCUGCGCCAAAGAAACAGAGCUAUGAAAUACAGAAGUGCUGGUCGGAGGAUGGUUCCAGUCCCUGCAUUCUCAUCGAAACUCCCCACAAAGAGCUGGAGCUCUCAGACCCAUCCAGCUUCAAGCAGUACCGAUUCAAGAACCUCUUCAUCAAGGCCUCCCCCAUCCCUCGCCUGAGCUGGGCGAGCUCGGAUGAUGUGUGGAUUAAAAUGCUCAACAAGGAGUUGAAAUACGUUCAUGACAAGAGCUACUUGCAGCGGCAUCCCAAACUGCAGCCCAAGAUGAGGGCGAUUCUGUUGGACUGGCUGCUGGAGGUGAGUGAGGUCUACAGCCUCCACAGACAGACGGCCUACCUGGCCCAGGACUACUUCGACCGCUUCAUGCUGACCCAGCAGAACGUCGACAAAGAUUACCUGCAGCUCAUCGGCAUCUCGGCCCUCUUCAUCGCCUCCAAGAUCGAAGAAAUUUAUCCCCCUAAAAUGUUCGAGUUCGCCUACGUCACAGACGGCGCCUGUGACGUGUUGGACAUCCAGCGCACAGAGCUUCAUAUAUUAACGGCGCUGGACUGGAACCUGUGUCCAGAGACUCCCAUCUCCUGGCUGAAGCUCUACGUUCAGGUGGAAGCCCAGAAAGAUGGAGAGAACUUCCUAGAGCCGCAGUUUUCUCAGGAAACGUACAUCCAGAUCACACAGCUGUUGGAUUUGUGUAUGAUGGACAUCGCUUCACUGGACUACAGCUACAGUGUUCUCGCUGCUGCCGCCUUCUGCCACUUCUCUACUUUUGACGUUGUUCAUAAGGUCUCAGGCCUCACCUGGGAGAGCGUGGUCCCCUGUUAUCAGUGGAUGAGUCCCUUCAUGGAGACGCUGCGCUCUGAAGCCAAACCCCAACUCAAGAACUUCCCCAAAGUCAAAGCUGAUGACAGACACAACAUCCAGACACACGUGGCUUAUCUGGACCUGCUGAGAAAAGCUCAGGAGCGUCGGGUCGAAAGCCCCGAAUGUCAGCUGUCGCCUGUUGCCGUGGGAAAGCUGCUGACCCCGCCCAGCAGCACAGAGAAGUCAGCCAAUCCCUGAGUGGCAUCCAGCAGCAGGACAAACUACCUCUUGAUGACAAUUCAACGUGACGCCGACUCCUGGGCGCCCUGCGGAGGAACGGGCGUCCAGAGACCAACGUUGUUUUAACACUAAGCUCUGACUUCUUGCAGCCGUAAUGGAGACCAGACAAGGAACUGGUGAUUACCAUUCAAUCUGGGAUGAGCUAUAAUUCCUUUAAUGAAUUUAUUUUCAAGUAUUAAAUGUGGUCUUUAGCAACAGCAGCUCGAGCGACAGGUUUUCAUGUGACUUGAGUGAAAAAAGUCGCUGGAAGCUCACUGGUGCUCUGAGAACCGAUGCUUUCUGAUGGUGCUUUCAGGUGAUCUCAGGAAAUCGGGAAAUACCAUCUUUGUUUUUUACUAAAACAGUCAUUCCAUUUUAAGAUGGUGCUAAUAUGUAGCUCACCCUUUAAUCCCAACAUGGCCGCCUGAAAAUAAAUCUCUUUAUGGAAGAUUAUUAAAAACAGAACAAAUGGCUUGAUCUAUGAGGAAAUGAUUCGUUUUAU